AUGUCUCCCAAGUUGCAAGUGUUCAAGCGUCUGGCGCACGCCAUCCUCCCCACUAAAGGCUCAGCUCUCGCCGCCGGCUAUGACUUGUACGCCCUGGAAAACACCAUCGUCCCCGGCCGAGGCCAGGCCCUCGUCAGCACCGACAUCCUGAUCAUUGUCCCCGAAGGCACCUACGGGCGGGUGGCGCCCCGCAGUGGGUUGGCGGUGAAGCACGGUAUCUCCACUGGCGCUGGCGUCAUCGACGCCGACUACCGCGGCGAAGUGAAGGUGGUGUUGUUCAACCACAAGGAGCUGGACUUCAUCGUCGCCCGGGGCGACCGCAUCGCGCAAUUGGUGCUUGAAGUGAUUGUCAACGCCGACAUUGCCGAGAUCUCCGAAGCUGAACUCACUCAAACCGAACGUGGCGCUGGCGGCUUCGGUUCCACCGGUACCAACUAA